CACGCCCCGCCCACGCCCCUCGCGGGGCCUCGGGUGGCGGCGACAGCCCGGCCACAGCCCGUCGCCCCGCCGACGCCCCCGCCCGCCCUGCCCACGCCCGGCUCUGCGCUCCCGGCCUCGGCCUCCCCAUCUGCAGGGCGGCGCGGGCGUUCCGGACGGGAGGGCGCCCGCGCGGCGGCCAGCGACUUCGGCCGACCUCCCGACCCCCGGCGCGGCCCGGCGGCCACGUGACCCGAGCGCGGCCCCGCAGUCACAAUCGCGCCGCGGCCCGCCCCCGCCGGCGGCCACCCCGCCCACUCCCGCCUCCCAAGCCCUAAGCGGGGCCUCCCUGCCCUCAGGGGCCCAGACACCCACGGAGUCCCGCCAGCCUCGGCGCUCUGUGCCAGUCCAGCACAAGCAAGGACAUGUACGCAGUGAGCACGCGAUGCGCGGAGGCUGCAGUUAGUAUUAUCUUUGCGACAGCCGUGUAAAAAAGGUGCCGUCGUUCCCAUUUACAGAUCUCUCCUGUCCUGUAAGUGACCACAGAGGACAACCAUGAAUGAGGUCAAAGAGACCCUCCGUGGCAUUGAGCAGAAGUACAAGCUGUUCCAACAGCAGCAGUUCACCUUUAUUGCAGCUCUGGAGCACUGCAGGGAGAAUGCACAUGACAAGAUCCGGCCCAUCUCCAGCAUUGGACAGGUGCAGAACUACAUGGAACACUACUGUAACAACUCCACAGACAGGCGCAUCCUGCUCAUGUUCCUGGACAUCUGUUCAGAGCUGAACAAGCUCUGCCAGCACUUUGAGGCCCUGCACUCUGGCACGCCAGUCACAAACAACCUCCUUGAGAAAUGCAAAACCCUGGUUAGCCCAAGCAAUGACCUGAGCAGCCUCAGAGCAAAGUACCCUCACGACGUGGUGAACCACCUCAGCUGUGAUGAGGCCAGGAACCACUACGGUGGCGUGGUCAGCCUCAUCCCCAUUGUCCUGGACCUCAUGAAAGAGUGGAUCGCCCACUCGGAGAAGCUGCCCCGCAAAGUGCUGCAGCACGUGAGUGAGCCCACAGCGUUCCAGAAUGCCACCAGGGCAGCUGCUUGUCCUGCCUGGGCCGCAGGCACCCAGCGUUGGUUAGGGAAGCACAAAUGUAGGCAGCUGGAAAAAGAUCGCCUCAAAUCCAGGGGGCGAGACAAAGGACACUCCAAGCCUCCCUGGAGGCCUCCCGGUGGGAAACUGUAACUCAAGGCCCGGGGCCUGCUCCAUGGCUGGGAGCUCUGCUAACCAGUGUGGACUCCCCCAUGGAUCCACUCCCACUGGUGCCCACCCCUCUGCUGUUAACCCCAGAGGGGCCAAUACAUCAUUGAGAAUCUCUUUCUAUUGCUUUCACUUGUAACUUUCCCACUUCUAAGCUCUGGGCAGAUGAAGAGGAUCCCCACUUAAUGAGUUGCCUAAACAGUAUUGGUAGAGGGUGUCCCAGGGCAAGGACGCUGAACCCGCCCAGGCUCCCUGCCCUACCAGCUCUCUGCAAGGCAGGGAUGCUCCCUCUCCCAGGAUGGGAGGGAGGAGCAGCAUGCUGAAAGAAAGGCGGUGCGCCUACCUCUCCAGAAGAAUUCUGUUCUGUGGUUCCUGAGCAAGGACCAAGGCCUGAUGUCCACAGCAUAGUCACGGCCCACACGCUGUAUGAUGAGUCUGCUCUGCGCUUGCCAGAAGACACAUCUGACUGUUGCUUUUUCCCUUCGCAGGGGACGACUUAGCUUCUGUAUUGUUGCUUCUUCGGGGGGAGACAAUCAAGAAUAAAAAGUGUUCUACCAAC